CAACAAGAUGCAACAGUAGUUCAAAACAACUUCGCGUCAACAAACGUUCAACGUUCCCGUGCCGGUUCUAUCACAAUGUAUAUCUUAAAUACGUUAAUUUUACUCUCUAUUUCUGCGGUUCUUUAUGUUUAUUGGUUCUUCAAAAAAGCACAUAAGUUAUUCGAUCAAUGCAAUAUCCCAAAUCCUAAACCGCAUUGGUUUUUCGGUAACAUGAAAGAUGUAGUCAUGAAGAAAAAAACAAUAUGGGAUGCUUACAGGGAUGUAUACGAACAACACCCUUCGGAUAGAUUCUUCGGAGUGUACAGUUUACACACACCAACUGUUGUGAUACGAGAUCCGGAAUUAAUUAAGACUGUUUUAGUGAAAGAUUUUUCCCAUUUUCACGAUCGAGGAUUACCUGUAGAUACGGAGGCCGAACCGAUGUCGAGGCAUUUACUUAACAUGGCAGGUGACGAAUGGAAAAAUCUAAGAAUUAAGCUGACAAGUACUUUUACCAGUGGAAAAAUGAAAAUGAUGUUUCCGUUGUUGAAAAAAUGUGCCGAAGAUAUCAAACCGGUGCUGACCAAAUGCUACCAAGAUGGCGAGGAUUUCGAGGCGAAAGACUUCUUCGCAAGAUACGCGACAGACGUGAUAGGCAGUUGUGCUUUUGGAGUAGAUACACAUUCGAUAAAAGAUCCUCACUCAGAAUUCCGCCAAGUGGGCAAAAGUAUUUUCAAAAUGAGAUGGCAGGCAUUAUUGCGAAUGUUUUUCCCGAAGAUUCCAACAUCGAUGAUAAAACGCUUGAAAUUACAAUUUCUCGAUGAAGGAACCUGUCAAUACUUCCAAAAAAUCGUCAGAGACAUGGUCAAGUGCAGAGAAGAAAACAACAUCACUCGAGGUGAUUUCCUAGACAUACUCAUUGCCAUGAAAAACCACACAGAACUGGAGAAACUCAAAGAUCAGCAAGCCGAAGCAGACUUGGCAAAAUUUAUGGCUCAAAUAGGCAAUAAAGAAACAAUCAAAAGUGACGUGGAAAUGUCCAUCGAAUUAAUGGCCGCUCAAUGCUUUAUAUUUUUCGUGGCAGGAUUCGAGGGAGCCUCAAAUUUAUUAAUGUUUUCUUUAUUCUCGUUAGCUGAAAAUCCGCAUAUUCAAAUUAAACUGCGCAAAGAAAUAUUAUCCGCUUUAGAAAGUAAUGGAGGUGAACUCUCAUACGAGAUUAUGAAAAAUAUCCCAUAUUUGGACAUGGUGAUCGACGAAACGUUUAGAAAAUUUCCAUCCGGAGGAUCGCUCCUCUUUCGCACAUGUACCGAAAAUUAUAAAAUACCGGAUUCAAACGCCGUGAUCAAAAAAGGAACCCAAGUAAUAAUUCCUGCAGCUGCACUACAAACUGACAAAAAAUAUUUCGAAAAACCAGACGAAUUCUACCCCGAGCAUUUUUCUGCCGAAGCGAAAAAGAAUCGUCAUCAUUUUGCCUUUCUACCGUUUGGUGAAGGGCCUCGAGUUUGUAUUGCUGAAAGAUUUGCAAGAAUGCAAGUUAUCGUUGGAUUAAUUUACUUAUUGAAGGAUUUCUCGUUCGAAUUAUCCCCUAAGACAAAGGUACCAUUAGAAUACGAUACUACAGGAGCAAUAGCCGUAAAAGGAGGAAUUUGGUUGAAAUGUCGACCACUGCUUGCGCGUGAUUUACACUCGUCUCGUGCUGGUACUCCUAUCAUAAUGUAUAUUACAUUAAGCACGUUAUUUUUAAUCAUCGUAACCGGAUUAUUAUACAUUUAUUGGUUUUUAAAACAAUCACAUAAGUUUUUCGAUCAAUAUGGUAUCCCAUAUCCUAAACCUCACUGGUUAUUUGGUAACAUGAAAGAUAUGAUCUUAUGUAAAAAAGUAGCAUGGCUCGUCUACAAAGACUUGUACGACAAACACGUGUAUGACAGAUUCAUCGGAGUAUACACUUUGCACAAACCCACUGUCAUGAUACGAGAUCCUGAAUUGAUCAAGUCGAUUUUGGUGAAAGAUUUUUCUCAUUUUCGUGAUCGUGGUUUCCCUGUGAAUAAAGAAGCUGAACCGCUGGGUGAUAACUUAUUCAGCAUGACAGGAGACGAAUGGAAAAACUUGCGAAUAAAACUGACCAGUACAUUUAGCAGUGGAAAAAUGAAAAUGAUGUUUCCAUUGUUGAAAAGAUGCGCUGAAGACAUCGAACCAGCUUUGAAAAAGUACAUAGAAGAUGGUCAGGAUUUCGAGGCGAAAGAUCUCGCAGCGAGAUACGCAACAGACGUGAUAGGUAGUUGUGCUUUUGGAAUAGACAUUCACUCGUUACAAAAUCCCGAAUCAGAGUUCCGAAAAAUAGGAAAAACAAUUUUCAAAUUAAGGUGGCAAUUAUUUGCACGCGCAUUAUUUCCAAAACUGCCAACCUCUGUGAUAAAAUACUUCAAAUUACAAGCUUUCUCGAUGGAAACGUGCGAUUACUUUUCAAAGCUCGUCACAGACGUUGUUAAAUAUCGAGAAGAGAACAACGUUACUCGAGGCGAUUUCCUCGAUAUUCUUAUAGCCAUGAAAAAUCACAAAGAUCUGGAAAAACUCAAAGACCAGCAGGAUGAAGCCGAUUUGGACAAAUUCAUGGCUCAAAUUGGUCUGAAAACUAUAAAAAGCGACGUUGAAAUGACCAUCGAACUAAUGGUUGCCCAAUGUUUCUUAUUUUUCAUCGGAGGUUUCGAUGGCGCGUCUACUACUUUAAUGUUACUGUUGUUCGAAAUGGCACAAAACCCUGAUAUUCAAACCAAACUGCGCCAAGAGAUAAUAUCAACUAUCGAAAGCAACGGAGGCGAAUUAACAUACGAUAUGAUGAAGAAAAUGCCCUACUUGGAAAUGGUCUUGUCAGAGGUCUGGAGAAAACACCCUGCCGGUCCGAUUAUUAUCCGCGAAUGCACAGAGAACUACAGAAUACCCGGCACAGAUGCAGUCAUCAAAAAAGGAAUUCCUGUACUAAUACCUAGUCUAGCACUGCAAUUGGAUAAAAAAUAUUUUGAAAAACCAGACCAAUUCUACCCUGAGCAUUUCACCGUGGAAGCGAAACGUGGACGUCAUCCGUUCGUAUAUUUGCCUUUUGGAGAAGGUCCUCGUGUUUGCAUUGCCGAACGUUUUGCGAGAAUGCAAGUUUUUGUAGGAGCAGUCUAUUUACUGAAAGAUUUCGCCUUCGAAUUAUCAUCCAAGACAAAGGUACCAUUGGAAUUCGCACCCGGAGGACCAAUAAUUGUAAAAGGAGGAGUUUGGUUAAAAUGUCGAACUUUAUAAUCAACGAAUUUUUGCCAAAGUUUUUACAUUUUUACAGCACUUUGAUUACCUACGUUUUUUGUUAAAUUUUUACAACAGUAUAAAAAAUUUCAAAAAAAUUGUACCAAAAUAGGCGUUUAUUUUGUAGGUAGGUAUGUGAUAAAACGAUUAUUCCAUAAAUACAUUGUAAUGAAAAAUUGUUUGAAUA